AUGGGCGAGCCACUCGACAAAGGUUGUAUCGCAUGCGGCUGGACACUCAACAAGCAAAAACAGUGCCAUUACACUAGCCAUCUCAAACUCUUCUACGGCGCAUCUACACGGGGCGUCUGGUCCAUCGGUUCUGAUGUGAUUUUGAAAGAUCGCCCCGACGAGGGCCCAAAAGCAAAAAUUGAAGUCAAAACACUGAACUAUCUGGCGACUUACACCGAUAUCCCCGUCCCAAAGGUUCUACGCGACUGGGUCGAUCGUGAUGGCCGAUACUUUGUUUUGGCCGAACGGGUAGAUGGCCAAACGCUCGAGGAGGCAUGGCCCUCGUUGUCAGAACCCCAAAAGAUUGCUAUCGCGGAUCAGGUCGUUAAAGUGCGUAAGCAGCUUCGAUCCGUUACAUCAACCUCCAUCCAAUGUGUCGAUGAAAGCCCAUGCUACCCAGGCUUACUAUUCUUCGACCUUGAACCACGCGGACCAUUUCACUCAGACCAAGAACUCUGGGAUGCCCUAAGCCUCAACCUUCACAAUCUCCCUCAACAAACCUUGGAGAACUUGAAGAAACGCCUCCCGAAAUGCGAGCCUUAUGUGCUCACUCAUUGCGAUCUCAAUUUGGGAAACAUCAUGGUCCAGGACGGGAAGGUUGUCAGUAUACUCGACUGGGAGUACGCUGCUUAUUUCCCUAUCUGGUAUGAAUACGUCUCGGCCUCGUUUGGAUUCACAGAUAUGGAUGUCGAAUGGAAAAAGUUGCUCCGGGAGCGCUUGGGUGUACAUGACGAGGCGCAUGAAGAUGCCAGGGCAUUUUGGACGGAUCUGUGUAAUCUAAGGCAGUACCCGGAUUUAGAUGAGAAAGGUCAGGAAGCCUUAAAGAGACUGUCUUAG